UCCAUAAUCAACCACAUGUCGCAGCGAACGGCUCGUGCGUCACACAAACCUGUAUUUAAACAUACGCAAACUCGACACAACAUCACAAUGUUCCUACCGAUCUACACGCUAGCGGCUAUAGCGAAUAUAGUCGCGAAAUCGCACAACUACAACAUCGACCAUGAGCUCAAUCCCUAUUUACGAGUCAAAAAAUCAAUAAGUGAUGUGAAAGUGAAGGAUAUAGAACAUAUAUAUCCAGUGGAAAGUGAUCAGAGUGAACAGAACAGGCAUUCUGCAAUAAAUAAGGAAAACCAACUGAAAUAUUCCACUGUACAUGACCCGGAUGAAUUGAAUUUUAAAGACCAAAGUCGAGAGAAACGGAGCUAUUAUAUACCCAUAUCACGACCUAUAGAAGACUCUAGUACUAGUAUACCAACGAUAACUAAAGAUGUCUCCAGCACAAGUGAUUUAAAUGAUAUCGAACCUACUACAACUACGACAGAUUCAUCAUACAGUGAUUAUAAUGUAGAUUACGAAAAUGGUGGUAAUUUUAUAUUCAAAAACCAAUUAGGAGACACCAAUAAGAAUAAAACAGAUAAAUAUCCGAACAAUGGACUCAAUAAUUCGACAAACAAUAAUACACAAGCAUACUAUCCGCUCAGUCAUACAUUUAUUCCUGGAUAUAAUGAACCAAAAGAUGUGUUUGAUUUCGAAAAAGGACCGGUGUACACAAAUUCAACGGAUACUAAAACAAAUGCUGAACAAGAAAAUGAAGAAUUUUUAAAAGAGAACGAUGAUAAAAACAAUGAACGAAUAAAGAGAAGCUAUUAUAUAGCAAAAUCCCAGAGUAGCAAACCAGGGAACGCCCAAUCUUACUACCCACUGAGCCACACAUACAUACCAGGAUAUAAUACACAAGAAGGCGUAUACGACUUCGAUCGAGGUCAAGUUUUGCCUAUCUCUAAAAAUAUAACUAGCGACACACCAAAUAAAUCAAAGGAAACUAAACCACAAGAGAAAGAAGACCCACACAAAAAUGAUGACCGAACACAAAGGACAACAACUAAACGACCUACAACUAAACACAACUUGGAACGUAUGACACGGAGUCCUCAACCUUUAAACUGGAAACAUAACGAAGAUUAUGACGACUAUACUCAAUUACAACCCAAAAAUAAAAGACCAGCUCAAAGGGAGUCUCAAAAUCCUACCAACUUGGAUUACGAUAACGAUGGCGAAUUCAUAGUGUAUCGUCCCAAAAGUGUAAACAGAGUAAAACCAAAGCAAGCACCCAGGCGAAAACCAACCAACACGCCGCACACAGGUAAACAUCCUAAACCUCAUACAACAAAACAACCUGAAGAUUCAGAUUCAAAAGAAUCUGAAGAAAACAUGGAUACAUAUUAUAGAAGGGGUAGUGGUCGUAGACAUGCAAUCACUCGUAUAAAAAGAAGCUACUACAUGCCAACUUAUGAAUAUGAUAAUUACGGACGCAAAAAAAUUAAUGGCUACCGCCCAUUAAGUCAUACAUACAUACCAGGGUAUAAUGAACAAGAAGACGUCUGGCGGUAUGAAGGGGGAGAGGUAUAUCCUUACCCGAGUAAUGGUGGUGGUGACAUAGACAAUACUGGUACACAAAGAGGACAAGGUAAUAAAAAGCACAAAACUACUAACGAAGACGAGACACGCAACAAAAAACAUAAAUCGUCUAAAGACAAAAAGGAUGAAAGUUUACUUGACAAGAUAAUAAUUAAUCCAAUAAAAAAACUCUUCGGAUAUAGAAAAAAAAGAAAUACAAACAUAGAUAUUCCAAAUAACACUAUAAUAGUACGAAAGAGGAAUGGCGUAACAGACUUCUUGAAUAAUAUGGUGGAUAAAAUACACAAUUACACUAGGCGCGACCAAGUAAUCAUUAUAGAUGAAAAUAACAUUCACAAUGGAAAAACUAAUGAAAAUUAUUUAUCUUCUGUUCCAGAUCCUUAUGGAAAUGGUUACGACGAUAUAGCAUAUCCAAACAAUCCAUAUUACGAUAAUCGUAACCAUUAUAAUACACAGGAUAAUCGCUAUGAUAACAGACAGUAUCGCCCAUAUCAACAUAAAGCGAAUCGAGGCUUCUCACCUUACCAAAAUGGUUACCAGUAUCCCACUAGAUAUAAUUAUAACCAACGGAGCUACCAAAAAUAUUACUGACAAUAAAGAGGGAAAGAAAAAGAACGUAACAGAUGGAAUAGAAGAGAACGAGGAAACAGAAGAUGAAAGGAUCCUUAAAGGCACAUGUUUUAUGUGUAGAAGUAUCGGAUGCCCUUUCAAUUAUAAAAAAAUA